AUGGGUCGUAUGUACGGAAAAGGAAAAGGUAUAUCAAGUUCAACUGUUCCAUACAAAAGAAAACAACCAAGUUGGUUAAAACAAAAACCAUCAGAAAUUGAAGAUACAAUAAUUAAGUUAGCUAAAAAAGGACAAACUCCAUCACAAAUAGGUGCAACAUUAAGAGAUAAUUAUGGAAUACCACAAGUGAAAUCAGUUACAGGUAAUAAAAUUUUAAGAAUAUUAAGAGCACACGGAGUGGCUACAACUAUUCCUGAAGAUUUGUAUUUUUUAAUAAAAAAAGCUGUUUCAAUGAGAAAACAUCUUGAAAAAAAUAAAAAAGAUAAAGAUUGCAAAUUUAGAUUAAUCUUAACCGAAUCAAAAAUACAUAGAAUAUCAAGAUAUUAUAAAAGAAAAAAAUUAUUACCAUCAAACUGGAAAUACCAAUCAAGCACAGCUAGCGCUCUUAUUGCAUAG